CACCAUGUUGUUUGUCUGCUAUGGAACAGGCGGCAGCCCUCUCACGUGACCCGCUCCACCCCGCUGCUCGGCUCAGUCCAGUUCUGCGCCUGCGCUGGCGCGGGCUCGCUCGCGGCCGUCCUGCGGGCGGGAGGCAUGGGGCGUGUGCCCGGCGCCUGCGGCCAUGGAAAUCCAGGUAUCAAAAUUGACUCCAGAAGAAGGAACCUAACAGACCAGUAGCAAUGGCAGAAAUCGACAAAGUUACCAACAAGCCAUCAUUCCCUACAAUGCAAGGCUCAGCUGGUGUCACAGCCUCCUGGAGUCCGUGUCACCUGUGAUGUGGUGCAAGGAUGUGAAUCUUGGAGUCAGACAGGCUUCAUUUCAGAAUGCUGACUCCACCAGUUUACUAGCUGUAUCUUGAACAAUAGAGAACAUUGGCUUUCUUGUGGACACUUUUUAAACUGGGCUAAAAGAAUCCCUCCUGAACAGGAGAGGUGGGAAGCAACAUGAUGGGUUCAGAAGCUCAUGAGAAGAGGCCACCAAUCCUAGCGUCUUCUCAGCAGGACUUGUCGCCGCGCCUUGCUGGCGUGGGCGAGCUGAAGCAUUACUUGUGCGGCUGCUGCGCGGCCUUCAGCAACGUGGCCAUCACCUUCCCCAUUCAGAAGGUCCUGUUCCGGCAGCAGCUGUACGGGCUCAGAACGCGGGCCGCGGUGCUGCAGCUGAGGCGGGAUGGGCUCCGCAACCUGUACCGCGGGAUCCUGCCCCCGCUGGUGCAGAAGACCACCACCCUGGCACUGAUGUUCGGGCUCUACGAGGACCUGUCCUGCCUCCUGCACAGGCAUGUCAGUGCUCCAGAGUUCGCCACCCGCAGCGCGGCGGCUGUGCUUGCAGGGACGACAGAAGCCGUUUUCACUCCGCUGGAAAGAGUUCAGACACUGCUGCAGGACCACAAGCACCAUGACAAAUUCACAAACACUUACCAGGCCUUCAGGGCCCUGCGGUGCCACGGGAUUCGGGAGUAUUACCGAGGAUUGGUGCCCAUUCUCUUCCGGAACGGGUUCAGCAAUGUGCUCUUCUUCGGCCUCCGCGGCCCCAUAAAGGAGCAUCUCCCUACUGCCACCACUCGCAGUGCUCAUUUGGUGAAUGACUUCAUCUGUGGGGGGCUGCUGGGUGCCAUGUUGGGGUUCUUGUUUUUUCCAGUUAAUGUUGUGAAAACUCGCAUACAGUCCCAGAUUGGUGGGGAGUUUCCGUCUUUCUCCAAGGUUUUCAAAACGAUCUGGCUGGAACGAGACAGGAAGCUGGCAAACCUCUUCAGGGGGGCCCAUCUGAAUUAUCAUCGGUCCCUCCUCUCAUGGGGCAUAAUCAAUGCGACUUACGAGUUCUUGUUAAAGAUCAUAUGACAGAGUUACCAGUGAAGUGCCAUGUGUCAGCUAUAUAGACCUGAGCAAAGCCUGCUCUGGCUUUGACUCCAGUCGGCCCAAUACAGGUUGGUGUCAUUGAGUCCACACCAUGGUGGAUUUAUGGGCAGAGUUGUUUCCCAUUAAUAUCAGCAAGUACAGAAUAAAACAUUUCAGGAGGAAACUUCUAAAUUUCUUUUUCUCUUGUUUUUAAAUUUUUUGCCAUGAUCCAAGAGCCUCAGGCUGAUGGCUGGUAAGCAGCUGUCUGUCUGAUGGUCUUGCACAGGGUACCCUCAUAGCCAGGGUGAUUCUUUUUCCCCUAACAGCCAUUAAUCCUUUUGUACUGAAGCAUCAAAUGGCCACAGGCAGCCAGGGAAAAUGCUCUCGGGGCCCAGGACUUCUCAGGCUUACCUUGUUACUCCGUUUCUCCUCGGCUGUCAGGAGCAGUCGCAGAGGGUGGUCUUCAUUUCACUCAGGCUUGUAUGUGGCAGGACACAGGCAGAAGGGAAGAGGAAAGCAGCUUAUCGGAUCAUGCUGGAAUUGUUGGUGUUAGUUUCAAAACUGGGCACCUGUUGGGGUAGCCUUAAUCCAGACUUUCCUGUUGAGAGGAGUACCGCUAGUGACAUUACUAAUUUUGCUUUCUGCCUUUGGAAGUUUUCUCUUUCAUUCUGAAUGUGACCUUAAGCCUUCCAAAAUAUUCUUACAUUAAUUUUAUUGCUUUCAUUGCCAAAAAAUGGGAGGAUUUAAAUUUUUUAUAGGUGUUUCAUCCUGGUAGGUUGCUAAUUACAUAUAUUCCUAUUCUGUCUAGCUUGAUUUCUUUGAACUUUUGGCACCAGCCUACCAGAGGGCUUCGGGGGCUUUUUCCCUCUUGGGUAGUAAUUUGUCAUGUUUGAGCAUCCUGUUUUCUUGAAACUCUAUUUUUAAAAAAUAAAACACCCUCUAUGAGCUUUUGUCUUAAGAAUCUGUUAUCCCAGUUUCUCCCCCUCUUCUGGUUUCUAAACGUUAUUGGAGGAGAGGGGGAAAGUUCAGCAUAGCUCUUGCCCCCAGUGUCGGCUGUCUUUGAUUCCUGGAAACGAAGACUCUUGCAGCAUUGACAUUGGGGGAACCCAGUUUUACCACUGUGUCAUUGAAGUUUGGUAGUUUAAGAGCAUAUCGUCUAAGUAAAACCAUUUGACAGGUUAUGUUGGAUUUUAAAGGUUCAUGGUGGCCAGACAGCCUGCUUGUCCCUCAUUUACAGACAGAGCUUGUCGUGGAAUCAGAAUAGUUUUUUUCCAGACUGGUGAAGCAAAAUGACUCGCAUAGCAGUUGAAUAACAGGAAUAAUAAAAUACAGAAACAUUCUGGAAAAAUGCUUGAUGCAUCUUUAAAACUCUCUGUAAAUAUUAAUGUACUUAAGAUUGCUUCCUGCCUUCUAACAAGAAAGUACGUUUGUUUUGUAAUUGCAGGAAUUGAAGCCAAUCCUGUCAUGUGCCAGGCCAGAGUCCCACCACCAGGCAGUGCCAUCCCCUCCCCCUCUUAAGGAUAGAUUUCUUGUUAUCAUUUAUUUUUUCAUUUUUCUGGGUAGUUGCAUGUGAAUCUGUGCAUAUACUGACCAAAAAAUCAGGGUCUCAAAUAGUUGUUUACUCAAGUUUCUGAGCAGGUGGUCCCAAGCAGCUGUUUACCUCGAAGUGUGCUGUGGCUGUUUCAGCGAAGCGAACGCCCUUUUUCCAGCUGUAAAGGGUUAGGGAGCGCAGUGAGCAUCAGCAGGGUGGUAGUGAGGAGGUGAACAGCUUUACCGCAGUUCUGCGUGACAGUUUUGUGCCAGGUGUAGCAGUUAUAGAGGUGAAGGUACAGAUGCGAGGAUUUCAGAAAACAGGUUGACACCAAAUAAAUUCCAGUUGUGUUCUUUGGCCUGUUGAGCUGGGACUUGAAGGGAGCUGCAGAAGUGAACCCUGGGGUCCUGGCUCCCCAUUCACAGGUUAACCAUGAGCACCUGCAGGCAGAGCCAGGUGCCUUCGGGGCGCAGGGGCCUCGCCCCUGUGCUGGUGUGAACUCCGCCGACCUUCAGUUCUCUGGGGCUGGCUUUUGUCUACACUCCAUGCAGAGGGCAGAUUUUACUUGUAAAGCACUUUGGUGAAAAUUGUAAGAAAAAUGCUUUGGUAUUUGUCCCAUCAAAGGAUAUGUGGCAUUUAAAAACAAUUAUAAAUGUUUUUAGUGGUUUUUAAUUCUUAAAUUUGCCACUUUUUACUGUUCUUGAAGACCAAACUACAAAUACAUUACCAGAGAUGGUUUUGUAUUGUGCUAUAGACUUAAUUUGACAACGAAAUUCAGAACUUGUAGCCAGUAGUUUUAUCUGAGCUUUAAGUCAAAACGUGUGAUAAGUAAGAAAUUGUUUUUGCCAUCAGUUUGAAUUAGCAUGAUAUAUAUAUAUAUGUAUAUUUUUUUAUCUUUUUGAGACAGGGUCUCUGUAUGCAGGUCAGGCUGGCCUUGAGCUCACUUUGUAGCCCAGGCUGGUUUUGAACUUACAAUGAUCCUCCUGCCUCAGCCUCCCUAGUGCUGGGAUUAUAGGCGUGCACCACCAUGCCCAGCUAGCAUGGUAAUAAUUUAUAAAAGGCAAAUCUGAUAGCAUAACUGUCUGAAAAGCUUUAAAGUGGUCUGUUACAUAUGUGGCACAGAUCCGGCUCAUGAGCACAAGUCCAAGUGCUCGUGGUCCUGUUCUUCAUGUCUGAUGCCACCAGAAAUGUCAUGAAUGCCGUAUUAACACACUUCUAGAGUGAUAAAAUCCCUGAGGACUGUAGCACAAACACAGCCUUUAUAUUGUAACCUUGUGUCUUACUUAUUUCACUUGUGGUUGGGCAUAAAUUUAACAUUUUUUGUCUAACUAGUCAUCAUUCAUCUUAAUUUGUGGUUGGUUAUAUAAUUACCUACUAUCCAUUGACCUGUGCAAUAAAGUAGGAUUGUGUACCUGGAAUUGAUUUUGGAUAUCUGAAGUUCUCAGGCUCAGUUACAGGAGUGUCCGUGUUCAGUGUAAGGCUGUGCACACCUGUAAGACAUGAUGAGCAGCAGACAGGACGCGUGCAGUGGGGCCUAGCGGGCCUGCGGUGCAGAAGCCAAGCGCAUGCGGCUAACACUGGCGCUGUGCAGAUGGAGUACAGGGGUGAGGAUUCUGGGGGCCACUGGAGAAGGGGUAAGCACUCAGACUUGUUUUCCUUUACAUUGAAAUAUCAUUUUCUCAUGUACAAAUAAAUGCAUAUCAAAGACUUGAACAUCAUUCUCUCAAAACUUGUGGAUUUUUAGUUUUUAGUGCUGUCUUUUGUGUAGUAAAUACUUUGCCUAAAUGGUCCCAAGUUGUGUGUGUGAUCUCUGUAUGUUCUUCUUUUGAAGUCUCAUUAUUAAAAGUCAGUUACCAAACACAAAA